UCUGCGGCCGCCAUAUUGGUUUCGGAUAGCUUGGCGCUUCUUCUUGUUCCGAAAAAUUGUGAUUGAAAUCAAGGAAUGUAUAUUCUUAGUUGAUUUGUUAGCAGAGGAAAUAUAAUAUAUCGUGAUAAGUGUUAGUUUAACAAAUAAUAAUGGAUCCCGCCAAGAUGAAGGUCGUGGAUCUUCGAUCCGAGCUCGGCGCUUUGGGCUUGGACACCAAAGGCAAUAAGCCGGCUUUGGUCGAAAGACUAAAGAAGGCGCUGGAAGCUAAAAGCGGGAAAGCGAUUGCCGAUACAACAAUACUAGAUACAUCAACCGAGGAUGCCGAUGAGCCCUCCACUCCCAGGCGCGCCGGCCCGGCUGCUAGAACUCGGAGACGGUCCUCGUCAACCAGAGUGGCUUCUACCCCGGCUAAGGUAGCUCGAGUUGAGACUCCAGAACCGAUUGUCGAGGAACCCAAAUCCGAAGAACCUGAACCGGAACCUGAACCUCAGCGUGAACCGUCUCCAGAGCCAUCUCCAGAAUCAUCACCGGAUUCUGAACCAGAGCCAGUACAACCUGCACCUGUGCCUGUGCCUGCUCCGGAACCUGAGAUGGAGACAGAACCGGAGCCGCAGGCCAAACCCCAAGUUGAGGACUCGGAGAUGUACAGCAUUGAUGAUGAGAGGAGCCAGUCACCAGUGCCUCAGGUGAAAUCUGAAGAACCAAUGGAGCAGGAAGCAGAUGGGAAGCAACCUGCAGAAGAUGGAACACAGAAGGAAGCGCAGAAGAUGGAAGAAGAUGGAGAAAAGACAGAGGGAGAAGAUAAGAAGGCUGUCGAUGGCGAAGAGAGUGAGGAGGCGCAAGAGAGACAGCGCGAGCUCACCGAGGAAGAAGAGUGGGAACAACUGAACGAGCGCCUGCAGCAGAAAGAGAAGGAACGUUUAGAGCGAGAGAAGAAACAGGCAGAGGAGGACGCCAAGCGUCUAGAGGAGUUCAGCAAGGACCCGGUGAAACUGAACCGUUUGAAACGCAAGCAAGAGAAGAAGGCUCGCUGGAGCAACUUCUACAAGGCCGUUGAGGUUACCAAUGAAGUGCUCACGCCCCCCGUUGAGGAAUCUCGGCACAGGAAGAAAUCUGAAUCGAGCGAGGCCAAGGUCGUUGAACCCGAACUUAAUGACAACAAAUUGACUUUGUCUUGGUACGAUAGCGACCUCAACCAGUACUUGGAGCUGCCUGAGCUGGUGUCGGUUGUGCCGCUGUCGGACGGGGCCUUCGCGCACGCCUGGGCCGGCGCGCGCGGCAGCCACGGGGUCUCUGAAGGCCGGCUCUGCUUCGAGUUGCGUGUGGGUGACGCGGUGACAACCACGGAGACUACAGGCGAGAAGGAGGUGAUAUCCAACGGGCUCCGAGUCGGCUGGUCCACGGAUGAUUCCUCACUGCAUCUCGGCGAGGGUGAGCUGAGCUUCGGCUAUGAGAACACGGGGCGCGCUGUCAACAACGGGGAGUUUAAGGAGUACGGCAAGACCUUCUCCGAGAAAGACGUCAUCGGGGUUUAUUUGGACCUGGAGUCGAGCCCGUGCAAGGUGUCGUACACGCUGAACGGCGCGGAGCUGGGCGCGGCGCACGAGUUCGACCGCGCGGCGCUCGGCGGCCGCGCACUGUUCCCGCACGUGCUGACCAAGAACAUCUGCUACCGGGUCAACUUCGGACACGACCAAUACAACAUGUUGACAAAGACGAAGAUAGUCCGCAAACGCCUUGAGAUACCCAUCGAGCAAGUUCUAGAAGAGAAGAGGGUUCGCGAAGAGGAGAUCCAGCGGCAGAAAGAGGAAGUUGCCAGGAAGGAGAAGGAACGGAAAGAGAAGGAAAAGAAGGAACGAGAGGAGCGACAGAGACAGAGGAGAGAGGAGCGCGAGAGACAGGAACGCGAAAGGAAAGAGAAAGAAGCUCAAGAAAGGAAAGAAAAGGGAGAAGAGGAAAAACCAGCAGAGGGGGACAAGGACGGAGAGGAGGAAAAGAAACAGGACGAGCCUAAGGAAAACGGUGAUAAACCGGAAGAAGGUGCGGAAGUGAAACAGGAGCCUAUGGAGACUGAGGUGGCACCCGAGCCCGAGCCCGCCAAGGAGACGCCAGCUGAAGCCAAGGAGACGCCAGCUGAAGCCAAGGAGACACCAGCUGAAGCCAAGCAGACACCAGCUGAUGCCAAGGAGACACCAGCUGAAGCCAAGGAGACACCAGCAGAAGCCAAGGAGACACCAGCAGAAGCCAAGGAGGACGUCAAGGAGGAACCAGCACCAGAGGGCCCAGUACCAGAGGUGACUGAGGAGCAAGUACUGAAGGGUCUUACACUCGACAAGCGGAUCAAAUUCGUCACCAGGUUCACCGUGGAGCAGGAGCUGGACGGGCCGGAGGCGUGCCUGCUGCCCGGCUACGUGUUCAUUGCGCAUGCGCAGCUCGUUGACGGGCCGCGCAGACCCGCCUCCAAGGCCGACUGCGAGGUGAUCCUGAUGGUGGGUAUGCCGGGCGCGGGCAAGACGCACUGGGUGCGCGCGCACGUCGCCGCGCAUCCCGAGCGCCGCUACAACGUGCUGUCCACUCAGGAGCUCUUCCACCGCAUGCAGGUGGACUGCAAACCGUUCCGCGACGCCUGCGAAGGCCGCUGGGACGCCAUGGUCUCCAAGGGCGCUAAAUGCGUGCUUAAGUUGUUGGAAUUCGCCCACGGGAGAAGGCGAAAUUACAUUCUGGAUCAGACGAACGUGUACCCGUCGGCUCAGAGGAGAAAGCUGCGGGAAUUCGACGGGUACCGGCGGGUGGCGGUCGUGGUCGUCCCGGACGCUGACACUUACGCCGAGCGAAGCGCCAAACGCGAGCAAUCUGACGGCAAGGAAGUCCCGGACGGAGCCAUCAUGGACAUGAAAGCCAACUUCGCGCUCCCGGAGAAAUGCUCGUGGAUCGACGAGCUCAUCUACCCGGAGCUGAACGAAGAGGAAGCGAAGAAGAUUCUAGAAGGGUUCCAUAAGGAAGCGAAGGCGGCGGGAGUUGUGAAGGAGCGGGAAAAGAGGGACCGCUCGUCGGGCCGCGACGCGCCGCCGCAAAAGAGACCGCGCUCCGGCGACCGCAGGCACGGCCGCGACGAUCGCAGGAAGGACUUCAGCCGAGAGCGCGAGGACAGAUGGGGCGGCGGCGGUGGCGGCGGCGGCAAUAGCCGCUGGGGCCCGAGCAGCCGCGGGGGCGGCGGCGGCGGCGGCGGGGGCCGCUGGGGCGGACCGAGGGACCGACCCGGCCCGCCGCAGGGACGCUUCGAUCGCCCCUGGGGAGGACGCGACAACGGUGGCCCACCGUUCAACCGCGACCGCGACGGUUUCCGCGGCGGGCGCGGAGGCUCCGGCGGCCCGGGAGGGCCCGGGGGCCCGCCCGGCAUGCGCGGCGACCGCGGGCCGCGGCAGGACCAGCGCUUCGGCGGCCGGCCCGACAACCGCGGCGGCCGGCCCAUGGACAACAAGCGCCCGGGCGAACCGCCCGGACCUCUGUCACAAGGUGGCGGCGGUGGCGGCGGCGGCGGCGGCGCGGGGUCGUGGCAGCGGGGCGGGGGCGCGGGCGCGGGGGGCCGCGGGGGCGCGGGGCGCGGGGGGCAGCUGCAGCGCGCGGGGCCGCAGGGCAAGGAUAGCCAGCAAGGCCAGCAGGCAGGCAACCAACAACAGGGAUGGAACCAGUGGGCCAACCAGCAGGGUUGGGGCAACUGGGGUAACUGGAACCAACAGAACCAAGCGGCAUGGGGCAACUGGCAACAGAACUGGAACAACUGGAGCCAGCAACAAGGCCAGCAGGCGGGCGCCGGCGCGGCCAAGGCGCAGGCGGCGGGCGCGGCCGGCCAGCAGGCCACGCAGCAGCAGUGGCAGCAGUGGUACCAGUGGCAGCAGUGGCAGCAGCAGCAGGGCUGGCCUGGGUACCAGCAAGGGCAGCAGCAGGCGGGACAAACUGGCCAGGACCAGCAGGCGCAAUGGGCGCAGUACUAUCAGAAUUACGGUGCUAACGCGGCAGGCAACGCGAUCACGGACAAGAAGUGACGCGCCGAGCGGCGCUAGUGUCGCCCGCCGGAGCCCUAUACUUCUCCCGAGACUCACACACCUAACGCCAAUAUGGACACGAUUAUACGAACAUCUACC